CAAACCGCCUUUUGAUACCUUUCGUCUUGUUCGUAACGCUUAUUUGCUUUGGAAAGUUCGAAUUUAUUAAUAUUUUACGUGUGAUUUCCUAUUUGGAAUAAAUAGUUGAUCAGCGAAAAAGUAUAAAACUUUGGCACUUAUAAUUAACAACUUAAUCGACUCAUGACCUCCUACAUUUUCUCAGUGAAUCGAUUCCUCAAAUUCUCCUUAAUCAUCGUUCUUUGGUAGUACAGUGUUUUUUAAAUCAAAAAAUUAUAGUAUCUUAAUUACUAUAUUAUUGUAAAAAGUAAUGAAUUAUUUUUUAAAAUUUUAAACGGCAGGUAAUUAAGUUUUAACAAAACAAUGUAGAUGUAUUAUGAUCUUAUCUAAUCAUGUUGGAGAAAAGUAUUAUAGUAGCUUACAUAGUUCAAUACGGUCGUAUAUUUGACUUAUUUUUAUAUGUUUCGAUAAUAUUUUUUAUAGUAUUUAUCAAUUGUUUAAUAUGACGUGUUUUUAUCCAAUUUCAGAUAUUGAUUUCAAAUACUAAACAUACAUACGAGGAACUAUGGACAAGAAACGACCGAGCAGCUUCGUAAGUUUUUUCCGUUAUAUGCAGUAAAUAGUCAGGGAAUUUCUCUCCCUCUAUAACUGAUGAUAGCUAACGGAUGUAGUAUAUAUUACCUUAGAGGCCUACAAUCGGCCACUAAAGACAUAAUUAAUAAUUUGGUUUACAUUUGCUCUCUGGAUCGUUUAGAGUAGCAUAAGCUGUACAUCAUGACAACAAAACGCAAACUGACUAGGCGUUCCUCAGUGUUUUCUUCUGGGUCUAUUUUAGGAAGAUUAAGUUCUAUGUAUAGCAAUAACAGUCGCAGUAGUAAAAAAAGUUUUGAUGAUGAGAAAGAGCUUCAAAUUGGGACAAUUGGUAAAUCGAAGACCAAGCACAAACAAAGCCAUAUAAGUACAGAAUCUUUGCCUUCCGUUAAUCCUGAUUGGAUAAAAAGUAUGGAUAAAAAAGAAUUGGAAAAGAAAUUCAAACAGGCUAUGGAGAGCAUGAACAUAAACUACGAUGACAAAAAGUUUAAAGAAGAGACAAUGAGGCAAAUCGUGAUUAGUCAUUAUGCACGACAACAACAUCAGGAUGUUAGCAGUUUCGUAGAGGAGCUAGAGAAUCCUAAUCUAGAUCUGAAAAGACGGGAAACCUUGCUUAGAGAAACAGCUGUUACUUUACGUAGUAGUCCGUUGGAAUCUAUCGAAAAGUUUAAAAAUCUGGGUGGCUUAUCUACAGUUUUAAAACAAAUGGAAAAUGUUUACUCAAGGAGCUUUCAAGAUUUUGAAAAUUAUAAACCUAUUCUACUGGAAUGCCUAAAAGCUCUGAAAUCGUACAGUAAUAAUAAAAUAGGUCUGACUGAUGUUUUGAAUAAUGACGAAGCAAUAAACCUCAUAUGCCGAGCCGUUGAUCCUCACGAUGCAAAUUGUAUGCUGGAAGCCGUAAGACUAAUAUCUGUCUUUUGUAUAGUCCCUCCUUCAGGGCAUAGAAAAGUAUUGGCCGGUCUGACAGAUUGCAGUAUGACAACGAAAAAACCAAGAUUUACACCGAUAAUUGAAGGCCUAACUCUAAAGCCGGAGAAUGCUACUCUUACAACCGUUUGCCUCCAACUCAUUAACUGCUUGAUUACUUAUGCUGAAGAUUUGGAUUUUCGUGUUCAUCUCAGGAAUGAAUUCUAUCGAUAUGGUCUUAGGGAGUAUAUGGAUACUGCUGAAAAGAAAAUUGACUGCUAUCACAAAGACAUUCAAACUCAAAUUCAGGGUUUCGUAGGGGUUAGAAAUGAAGACGCAGAAGACUAUGCAACUAGAGCCCAGGGUGUCAUGGAGGAAUUAAAAUAUCCUUUUGUUGAUUUUUAUGAUUAA